AUGUGCUCUUCAGAUGCUUUCCUAGGCUUCAUCGCCAUCUUCUUCCCACCACUAGCAGUAUGGGUCAAGACCGGAAUCUGCUCCGCUGACUCCCUCAUAAAUCUCUGUCUCUGCAUGCUCGGCUUUAUUCCCGGACUCCUACACGCCUGGUACAUAAUUGCCAAAUACCCCGAGCAGAACGAGUACGAAAGCCUGUCGCAAGACGCGGAGGCAGGACGAGUUACCUACAUAGUCGUACAACCUGACGGACAGCGCAUGCGAGUGCCAAAACCAUCGAACGGAGCAGGCCAGGGUGGAAGAGUUGGUCCACAAAGCUAUGGAACCGUGUCUGCGCCUGCGAAUGUAGCGCCCGCCGCGCCGCAAGUGUAUCAGAAUGAGGAUGGGACUUGGGGGAAUGGUGAGGGUGGAAGUAGUGGCGGGGUACCACCAACGUAUGCAGAGGCCGUGAAGAUGGAUAACAAGAUUCAGUCGAAGGAUUAG